GUUACAUAUAUUCACUCGCUUAUCAUUUGGAAUUUUAUCUCUUUGGAAAACGUAGUUGGGGCACUGGCUAGUUUUCUUUCAUAGUCAAACCAUGGAGAUAAUUGCAUGUCUUCUUUUAACUGCAGUAGCAGUACAAGGAUCGCAUUCUGACCACCACCAUCACCUGCACACUGACAUCACAACUGACCAAUCUCUUCCAGACCAACAUUCACCUGACUGUCACGGACCUGAAUGCGACCUUGUGAACCAAGCCAUCAACAAUAUCGGCAUGUUCUUUGAUGAACACCUGUGUCAUGCUUUCAUUCAUGUUGAUUGCAACAACCAUGUAUUACCUAAUGAUGAACAAAUAUGUGCAUCAGACGGACAAACGUAUGAUAAUCAUUGUUCCUACGCUAAAGCUCGAUGUGACAGAGUACUUGACAAAAGAAAUUACUACAAUGGUGCGCUGACAAACCCGCUUUUAUUGACAAAUCAUGGACCCUGCAUUGUAGUGUCUACUGUCCCAGUGGCGACAACGACUAUUUCCCGCAUGGCAGUGUCCACAGAUACUACAGGAAGCGGAAACACUGGUACCACAGCAAUGUCCCUGCAGAGUGUUCUUGGAUCUGUCUUCUGCAAGAACAGAUGGUCAAUCAACUGUGGCCAGAAUUUUGCCAUUGUUUGCGGUUCAGACGGAAAAUACUACCCUAACCAGUGCGAACUUCUCAAGUGGCAAUGCGUACAUCCAACACUAAGACAAGUAUCGGAUUCAAAUGUAUGUGCGUCUUCUUGAACUGAUUCUUCUAUGUUUGUACACAAAUAUAGAUAUAUAUAGAUAUACAUUACA